AUGGCACAGGACGCGCUGCUUCAUGGCGACGAGACUGUGGAUCUGCAGCCGCUUCUAGAUCACUCAGAAAAUAGAGAGGCGUCUGCUAAUGACUAUACUCUGCAUAGAAGGCGAGACACGAAAAAUCCGAGCUGGAUCGUAGUGUUGGGCGCGGGCAUCGCUAUGCUGGUGAUUGUGCACGUCUUGUUCGUGGCACUGCUGAGAAAGACGACGGUGACAUUGGACAAACUGACGCUGCCUGACUUGUGUCAUCGAAGAACACUGGGGGAGGUGGUCAUGGAAUUCCAAAAUCCGUCGUACUGCUCGCCAGUGGUGGGGCCACUGAACAUUACAUUUGCCAAGAAGAACAGGGCGUUCCUGCACCUGCAAGUUCCGGCCUUUGAGCUUCAAUCUGGAGUGACGACCAUGAUAUUGCCAGUGGGAUUUGAGUUGUUGACAGAACCUGAGACGUUUUACAGUCUGGUGUUUGCUGAUUCAGACAUUAUUGACGUGCAUGGAGAAAUUCCCGUUUUGAUUUCGUGCAUGUUAGUCCCGUUCACGAUACACUUGGACGUUUCAAACUUGUUGACAGAUAAUCCACGACUACCGGUGGGCACCACUAUCCCUCCAAAGUGGCGUUAUGCAUUGGACCCACCGUUGUAUGGUUCUGGUGCUUGGAACUCUGGGGUCGUCGAUGGGAUCAAGGACGAGUUGCAACGUGUUGUGACCCAGGUGUUGAAAACCAUUGCACUUUCGAAUUUCCAUACAGACACUGACGACCAAGAGAUAUUUGCCUUCACGGAUGUUUCGUUUGAGUACGCAUCAAGGGUGCUAUGGAAUCUUCCGUCACUUUCAGUGAAGGUUCAAUCUGCGCAAAGACAAACAAUUCUCGUGGCAGGGUUCAAGCGCUUCAUCUUAGGAGAUGGCCAGACAUUCAUUUCCGCGUACACAGAGGUUUUCAAGAACCAGUCAGAGCCACUGCAGUCGAUGUUACAAUCGUAUUUGGCAGGUGACGAUCUCGUUCUCCACAUAGUUGGAGGCAAUCGCGAGACUGAUUGCUAUUCCUUGCAAGUACUCGAUCUCGUGGACGUUAAAGUGGACGUCCCAGCCAAAAUUGACGAUAAGCCAGCGCUGCUUCGCGAGUACUCCAUUAAACCGUCACUCAAGGAGCUCGACUCCAAGACACACAAGUGUUUGCUGGAGCUAAAAGUCUCGAUCAAGAUCAACAACCCUCUCCCCAUCCACUUUGACCUCUAUGGGAUUGAGCUCGAUCUCCUGUACGAGAAGGACACGCCGAAUAACCUCUCGAUCCCAAAGUUCCUCGUCCAUAUUAACGACACCAAACACGUUUCAUGGCUGUCACAUGAGGAGAACAGCUUAGAGCUCGACACCGCAGUGCACGACUUCGACACUUGCCUUGAGGUGGUGGGUUUUUACCUGCAUGACCAGCUGGCAUUCGACAUUCAGCAUGGUCACAUUUCCAUGGGUGCCGGUAGCGGAAACUUCAGCAUCCCAUUCUCAGUUAAAGGCAUCCACAUUCAUCCUGGCCGGUCAAACAACGGCACCUCAUCGCAGCCUCCAUUUGUCGUCGAGGAACGAUGA